CUCAAAUCUUGCCCGGAAUUCACGGCCUUUACACGCUGAAGGACGAACAGUUACCUGGAAACAUGACAUCGAUAGACCUUUAAAUCAUUAAAAGCUUGACGAGGACUUCCAGUCUUUACAGCCAUGGUUCAGAAGAAUACUAGCAUUUGUCAAUGGUGGAGCCGUUGAAGAAAUCAAUCUCACCAUUGAUUUGAUGCUGAUGUUGCAUCAAUUCAAAUAUUUCUUUGUGAUUUUCUAGAUAUCAUUAAGAAGUGUGUUUAUUCAAAAGGAGGAUGUAAAAAAACUUUUAGCAUGAAGUCAACCAAUUUUGGCAGUGGCACGGGCCAUUCAGCUAGAAAUGGAGUUGAUGAGACGGAGUAGUUCGGUUGUCAUGAUGUAUCGAGUCGGCUGUACCCACUCCACCUGUGCAUACUUCUCAAGCUCAUUCCUCCCCAUAAAAGCACACACAUCACGCAUCCAAAUCCCAAGUCCCUGCUCAUGAAAUCCAUCACAGUGGCUCCAACUUCCAUAAUAUGGAAAUGUUCAUAUAUUGGCGAACCCCCAACAUGGCUUGGCUUCUCGUCGCCAUCUUCUUCACUGUCAGUCCGUCAACCUCAACCCGGAUUCUAAGCCAUCAACCACCCCCACCGCGCGGCGGCGAUCGAGCGAUCACCUUCUUCAUGAACGACGUGCUGGGGACCUCACGGCCAGCGGCCGGUACCGGAGCUCCACCUCCGAUCGCAAAGCCCAUGGGUGGAAGGCCUCCGGCAACCGCUGCCUUCGCAGGCCAGACUGGUCCGCCCAACAAAAGCUGGUUGCCGCUCCUAACGAGCUUGCAUGCAUCGGCAUUGGAGUCGGGAACAGUCACCAUGAUCGAUGAGACAUUAAGAGGCAGCGUCGCACUCGGGCCGCCGACGGCAGGGAAGGUGCAGGGGAUGUACGUGACGAGCACAGGGGAUAACAGCAGCCACAUGGUGGCAAUGAAGGCCACCUUCGAGGACGGCAGGUCGGAUGACAGCUUGAGAUUCUUCGGGGUCCACCAUCUAGGCCUGCCGGAGUCUCACAUCGCAGUCGUCGGCGGCACCGGAAGAUAUCACGGUGCAAAUGGGUUUGCCGCGGUCAGGGCCACUGGUUCAAGGGAGAGCGCGGACGGGGUUCUCUCGGUUACUGUGUAUCUCGAGUAAUAUAGCCAUCUGAUUUCGUCC